CACCGGCUGCCCGGCGCCUCGCCGCGUCCUCAUCUGUGCCUCCGGGGACCUGUAAGGCAGAUGCUGGGGGCUGCACCCGGCCCCUCGGCUCAGCCGAGCCCUGCCCCCGCGCGGUCCCCGCCCGGCACGCCCAACUCUCCAGCGCCGCGUCUCGGCGAUGACCACCACCCGCCUCUGCGCCCCUGGACGCGCGAGCCGAGCCACCUAGGCGGCAAGCAGCGCCGGAACUUGGGGGCGCGGCCCCCUUCGGCCCGCCUGGGUUUCGGUCCCGCCGCGGAGCGGCGAGAAGCUCCCGGAAGAGUCGCGAUGGCCGUGGAGUCCGGUCGUCGGCUCCGGGAGCGCGCGCCGGGAGGAGACGAGGGGCGCCGCGCUGUUUGCGCUGUCGCAGAGGACGCACCAGUCCCCGCGGGCGGCAGCGGUGGAGGGCCCGGGACCCGGUGCCUAUGGGGGACCGGCUCCAAGGCGGAGCGCGCUCGGUGCCCCGGCAGCGCGCCCUGCCGCGGCACCCCGGUCUUCUGUCCUAGCGUACACCCCACCCCGACGUGACUCGGGUGGUUGCAGCGCUCCCGCCCCGUUCCUGAGGGCUGGCGCCGCCCCCACCCGCCCCUCCG